ACUUUUUCAUGAGAACAAGGUGAAUACCAUAAUAUAUGAAGUGAUUAUAAGAGAAUCAGUGCGACCUAUAUACCCAUAGUGAUAAGAUUUCUCAGGAAGUAAGGUCAGCAAACAUCGCUCAAAUGUCUCUGAGUGGAAAAACGGCCUUUAUAACUGGUGCUGGUUCUGGUAUCGGUAGAGCAGCCUGUCAGAUAUUAUCCAGAGAUGGAGCCAACAUCAUUGCGGCGGAUAUAAACGUGAAAAAUGCCCAAGAAACUUUGCAGCUCAUCGAAAAGCCGGAUAAAACUAAUAUGGCCGUAUCCCUCAACGUCAGCGAAUCCACCAGUGUGAAAACGGCGUUGAAACAGGUUCUGGAGACUUACAACCAACCACCGUCCAUAAUCGUGAACUGCGCAGGUAUAACUAGGGAUAACUUUCUGCUGAAACUGUCCGAGGAAAAUUUCCAAGAGGUCAUGGAUGUUAAUUUGAAGGGAACUUUCCUGGUAACCCAGACGUUCUGCAAUGCUAUCGUAGAGCAUAAAGUGACCAAGGGUUCCGUGGUCAACAUCGCAAGCGUUGUAGGUAAAAACGGGAACAUCGGGCAGGCAAACUAUGCCGCUAGUAAGGCUGGCGUGGAGGUGCUCACCAAAACAGCCGCUAAAGAAUUGGGACGAGAGGGCAUAAGGGUCAAUGCAAUCCUUCCUGGGUUCAUCACAACCCCCAUGACCGAGCUGGUGCCCGAUAAACUGAAGGAGAUGUUUGCCAAUAAAAUACCCCUAUCCAGGUUUGGAACGCCAGAAGAGAUUGCGGAGGUUAUAUCAUUUUUAGCGUCCGACAAAAGUUCCUAUAUUACAGGUGCUUCGAUAGAUGUCAAUGGAGGGUUGAUCUCAACAUAACCGAUAAUUAUUUGCUGUUUGAUCGAUAUAAAAUUUCAGUGGUG